AUAUAUAUAUAUAUAUAUAUAUAUUUCUUUCAUGUUUCGUUUUUCGUUUCUGUUUUAUUUAUUUGAUUCUUGUUCAAGACCAUCUCCUUUGGUUCAUCAUCGAGUAUACCACCCUUAUACAACAAGAGAUGUUGGAGCCCGCGCGGGCAAGGAGGCCGGAGAGAGAAGUUUCUAUACACCGUUUUGGUUCCGCAGUUUUGAUUCCCCGGCAUGGCUCUUGUGUUUUAUUCAAAAGUACCUGUUUGUUUUGCUAGAUAUCUAUUUGCUUAGAUGCGUUUUGGGAUAGUUGUGAAUGAAAACAUUUCCAUCUUUCCA